AUGCAUCAGCAUCACUCCUCCGCGCGCCUCAGCCGCCGCAAUAGCGUCACCGCCGACGCGUUUGGCUGGAGCUUGCGAGCUAAGGCCGCCGCGCUCGACCCGCCGCCGAACGCCGCCAACCUGCGGAGCUCCAAAGCGCCGCCCAUGUCCGCCCACGACGAGCUCCAUCUCGCGCCCGCCGACGACGAGAAGCAUGCGCCGCCCGAGCCCGAGCCCGCGCAGCCUCAGCGCGAUCGCCGCGACUCGGAUGCCUGGGCCGAUCUGAAGGCGGCGCAGAUCCGCAGCGCAUGCAGGGACGCCGACGUCGACACCUUGACCCGCCUUGCAACCUCCAAGGGCGGCCUGCUCAGCGACCGCCUGCGCCGCGACGCCUGGCCGCUGCUCCUCGGCUCCCUCCCUGACACGCACAGCGACACCGACUGGAGCGACCUUCAGCCGCAUCAUGACGAGGACCAGGUCAAGCUGGACGUCAAUCGCUCCUUUGUCUACUACCCCAAGGACCAGUCGGAACAGCAGAUCGAGGAGCGCAAGGAAGAGCUAUUCGAUGUCAUUGCCCAGAUCCUGCGCCGCCAUCCCCGCUUGUGCUACUUCCAGGGCUACCAUGACAUCGUCCAGGUCUUCCUGCUGGUGCUCGGAUCCGAUCUGGCUGUGCCUGCUGUGACCCGUCUGUCGCUGCUGCGCAUCCGCGAUUUCAUGCUUCCGUCGCUCGACGCAGCCAUUGCCCAUCUGAAACUGCUCCCCUCCAUUCUCUACACCGCCGACCCAGCUCUAUACGCCCACCUGCGUCCCGCCGAGCCGUUCUUUGCCCUGGCCGCCACCAUUACAAUGUUCGCCCAUGAUAUACAGGAGUACGGCGACAUUGCGCGCCUCUUUGACUUCCUGCUGGCACGCGAGGCCGCCUUCUCGGUGUACCUCUUUGCGUCCAUCAUUCUCACCCGCAAAGACGAGCUCCUCGAAAUCUCCCCCGACGACACCGACGUCCUGCACGUCACGCUCCAGAACCUGCCCAAGCCCUUGGACCUGGAAGGCCUGAUCUCGUCGACGGUGGAGCUGUUCACCAAAACGCCCCCCGAAUCGCUCCCCUACGGCGCCUGGCGGGCAAUUUCGCCUUACAGCGUGCUCAGGACAACCCGCGAGCCGCGAGCUCUGACGACGCAGACGCUGGAGCAGGGCGAGGAGCUGUUCGCCAAGCACGAGGAGCAGAUCCGCCGCGCCAACAUUUACAAGGCCAGGGUGACCGCCAUCAAGAGGGGCCUGUGGCGGUACAGGCGCCCGGCAGGCGGUUUCGCCAUGGCCAUCGCCGUCGGCGUGCUCGCGUGGUGGCUCGGGAGAUCUGACCACGGCGCGACCUACUUGUCGACCAUUCGCCAGACGCUGUACAUUUUCUUUGGUCAGUAUCGGUAG